CGCUGGCAGGGGAGGCGCCAUUUUGGGCCUGUGCGGGGCGGGCGGAGGCGGCGACUGGUGGCGGCGGGACCGAGCGGCGCUGGGACCGAGCGGCGCUGGGGCUGCGCCUCGCCGCCAGCCCGCGGUGCCUCGGCGGGAGGCCGGCCCGCCAUGGAGAGCGAGUACUACGGAGGUGACCCGUCAGAUGACGGUGGAGCUACCCCAGUGCAAGAUGAACGAGAUUCAGGAUCUGAUGUUGAAGAUGAAGGAAAUGAGCAGCAUUCUGGAUCUGAGAAUGGAAGUGUAGGGCAUCAUUCAGAGAAUGAACACAGUGAUGGAGAAGAUGAUGGGCAAAUGGGAGAGCCUCAUAUGACAGACUCUGAAAAUGAAGACAUCCCAAGGCAAAAAGACAGUGACUCAGAUAAUGAGGAGCCUCCAAAUCACAAUGGAAGUGAUUCAGACAAUGAAGCAGCUGAUGGAGGGAAAGACAGUGAUUCUGACACUGAGGACCGGCCAAAUCGGCAUUUAAGUGAUUCUGAAAAUGAGGAUGCCUUAAAUCAUCGAGCAAGUGACUCUGAAAAUGGAGAACCUCACAGGGAUCCCAGCAGUGAUUUUGAAAAUGAGGAAUCACACAAGCAGCCUGCGAGUGACUCGGAGAGCGAGGAGCUUCGGAAACAACCAGCCAGUGACUCGGAGAGUGAGGAGCUCCAGAAACAACAGGCAAGUGACUCGGAGAGUGAGGAGCUCCACAAACAGGCAGCCAGUGACUCGGAGAGUGAGGAGCUCCACAAACAGGCAGCCAGUGACUCGGAGAACGAGGAGCUCCACAAACAGGCAGCCAGUGACUCGGAGAACGAGGAGCUCCGCAAGCAGCCGGCCAGCGACUCGGAGAGCGAGAGUGUCUCCAGGCACAAACAAGAAAUAGAGUCUGAGGAUAGUGAUGGGGAGGACAGAAAGGAGGAGGUGCAGAAUGAUUCUCAUCAUUCAGAUAAUGAACAUGUAAGAGAAGGAUUUCAGGGCUCUGACAGUGAAGAAGAAGCUCCUAAGAGGCGAAAAAUAUCAGACAGUGAUGAAGAAGAGAAAGACGAGGAGAAGACAGUGAAGAGGAAAACUGUUAUCCUUUCUGACAGUGAGGAUGAUAAUGAGAAAACACCUGCAAAAAAAGUACGAAUCCUUUCUGAUGUCGAAGAAUCAGAUAGUGAUGCUGCUUCAGAGAAAUCUGACAAAAGGAAGAAAAAUACUAUAUCAGAUAGUGAGGAAGAAGAAGAAAGAAAGGAGAAUGCUGGGAAGAAAAAAGAAGAGAAAGAUCUGUUUGGCAGUGACAGUGAAUCUGGAAAUGAACAAGAGAACCUGAUUGCAGAUAUAUUUGGAGAAUCUGGUGAUGAGGAAGAAGAGGAGUUUACAGGGUUUAACCAGGAAGAUUUGGAGGAAGAGAAAGGUGAUGCAGACAUGAAGGAGGCAGCAGAUGAAUCGGACUCUGAUGAUAACAUCAAAAGAGGGAAGCAUAUGGACUUCAUGUCAGAUUUUGACAUGAUGCUGCAACGGAAGAAGAGUAUGAGUGGCAAGCGUAGGCGCAACCGUGACGGUGGGACUUUCAUUAGUGAUGCAGAUGAUGUGGUCAGUGCUAUGAUUGUGAAGAUGAAUGAAGCUGCUGAGGAGGAUCGACAGCUGAAUACACAGAAGAAGCCAGCGCUGAAGAAAUUAACUUUGCUACCAACUGUAGUUAUGCAUCUUAAAAAGCAAGAUCUCAAAGAGACUUUCAUCGAUAGCGGUGUUAUGUCUGCCAUCAAAGAGUGGCUUUCUCCUCUUCCAGACCGAAGUCUGCCAGCACUAAAGAUACGAGAGGAGCUUCUGAAGAUCCUGCAAGAGCUGCCCAGUGUGAGCCAAGAGACCCUGAAGCACAGUGGCAUUGGACGAGCUGUGAUGUACCUUUAUAAACACCCCAAAGAGUCAAGACCUAACAAGGAUAUGGCAGGGAAGCUAAUCAAUGAAUGGUCUCGACCCAUCUUUGGCCUUACCUCAAACUACAAAGGCAUGACAAGAGAAGAAAGGGAGCAGAGAGAUUUGGAACAGAUGCCUCAGCGAAGGAGACUGAGCAGCUCUGGUGGUCAGACUCCCCGCAGGGACCUGGAGAAAGUGUUAACUGGAGAGGAAAAGGCUCUUCGACCAGGGGACCCUGGGUUCUGUGCCCGAGCAAGGGUGCCCAUGCCCUCCAACAAGGACUACGUGGUCAGGCCAAAGUGGAAUGUGGAGAUGGAGUCAUCCCGGCCCGGGACUAUUAAGAGAGGUAUUAGUCGCUUGGAAAAACACAAGAGACGGUUUGCUGAACAGAAACGACUCAGCAAAGUGCAUCGGGCCAUCAAGUUCAGCAUUGAAGGCAACAGGAUGCCCCUGUAGCCAUGACACUCUGCCUUCCCCAAGGCUGAGAGGUAUCCCUCAAGGGAGGGGUGAACAGUGCAUGUGCUUCAGCUGUUGGCAGUUUGCACAUAGAGGAAAGGAGUGUCUACACCCUAACUUAAAUUUGGAAAAGUCUCCUCGUGUUUUCUCCUGUCUGUACUGUGACCUAAAAAGGAACUUGUACAGGAAAAAACAGGCUGUUGCAAAUAGCAUCUGCCAUGGUACCUGCCUCGACAGCUUCAGGGUACCCGAACGACAGGCGUUAAAUGAAAAUACCUGUACUCAAAAAUAGCUUUGCACCACCUGUGGGUUUGAAUGCUCUUCUGACUUCACUGGGUUUAUCUGAACUGACACACAGGAAUUCUUAGCCUUUAGUAUGUGACCUCCUGUCAUUCUUUACCAAUAUCUCUGGCUGAUGUUUUACUGGUACAAAAUAAGCUAUUUUUCAAACCUACUUCUUCAAGAAGUUGAGCGAUGGGCGACUGUAGAGGUAGUUGACAGGAGGUAGAGAAUAAGCCCUCUGCAGGCGUGGGGGAGGAGAAUCCCCUGCUGUGAAUGGGGUGGAGGGAGAUCAGUCACUGAUAUACAUCAUUGUGGAAUUGUGACAAUUUCUAGUCUGCAUUUCAGUUCUUUGAGCAGGGUUGCCACAAACCAAUAGCGAUAGGAAGAGACUAGCACAGAUAGUACUUAACUGUUGAGUUUAAGCUUCAUAUUUAUUUGUUUAAAAAAUCUAUUUUUUUUUUUAAAGAUAACUGUGAAAUUCCAGAUAUAAUUUCAAUGAAUAGUGAAUAGUUUUAUGAGUAAAGUUUAUUUUAAAUCGAUGUGUCAGGAGCGCCUUCCUCAGUGAUAGGAACAAGAGGUUCAGUUUCUAAUAGAUGUUCUUUGUUAGAUAUUAAGUAGCACGUUCUGGAUAUCUGUUUUUCCCAGACUUUAAAGGCAUGAACUUUCCACCAUUUAUUGUUUCGGUUGUCUAGUUAGGGGAAAUAGCUUUCUAGGAAGUAAUGGGUAUGGAUUGGAAGGCCUUGCUGUUCAUCGUCAGCGGCAUUUCUUUUCAGAAUCACUGUAUUUAAUCUGUGCAAAAUUGCUGUGUGAUGACACUGCUGUGUCAUCUGUUUUUUCAUUUGCAGUUAAAAGGGCAAUGAGAUGCAGUUAACUCUUUUAAUAACUUGUAUGGUCAGCUUAGGCGUUUGUUUUGCUUUCUCCUACACCCCCUUUUUCCGAAUAAUCUCUUGCUUUCUAAGUACUAAUUGGUGCCCUUUUAAAAUAAAUGGCGUUUUGGAAUUGAUACGUCAGCUUGGAGCCCCUGUGUGUAUCUCAACUUGUGCCCAGUUCCUGUGUGCAUCUCAACACCUUCCCCUCCAGGAAGCCUGUAUGUGUGACACUGUAGUGCAGUGUAUUUCUGACACUAAACCAGCCAACAGAGCCAGAACUGUUCCAAACUGUAUGUUCACGUGGCAUGGGAACAACUAAUACAGUUCUUAAUCCCUGUACUUGGGAAGCUUUUCUGCACGAUGUCAGUGAGCCUGGCUCCUUCCACAUGUGUGGUGAAAAUACUGCAGAGCCAUUUUAUCCACCUUGUGGGGAGAGGACAUAUGUGCACACACAUAGCCCGCUGGAACCAGCGGCCUUAUCAGCUCCCUCUUGUAGGUCUAACUUUGCAUGCAUCGCUUUUCUUGAACCUCUGGGGCGUCUGCUUUUUUUCAGUGGUAAUUACUAGUUUUAUUUUUUAAGUUCCAGGGGACCUCUAAGAAAGGGGUGAGUCGACUGGACAAACAGAUGCGGAAAUUCACAGAUAUCAGGAAAAAAAGCAGAUCAGCCCAUG